AGCAGAGACGCAAGUAUGAAAACAGUUUAUUGUAAAGGAUGGCAGAAUGUAAAUUCUUUGGUGUGAGCUGAGCAUCACACAUCUACACACCAUUGAGUAUUGAGUUUUUUCUGUACAUGACUUUGGACUUUAACCAGGGAAUGUGAGAUGGGUCUAUUAACCAGCUAACAGACAGGGUCCAUUCUGAUGUUCUGGACAAUUUGCUUACAUACUUUUGCACAACAUGCACAUGAUCACUAGUUAGUAUCUCAACAUUGCGCAGUGCAGAAGUGACUGAGAUGACAGAUGCUCUCACUGAUAAAAACCUCUGCUGAAGAUGAAGACUGAAAUGAGUGACUUGGCAACUGCGCAACAUUUCAGUUCAUGCAAAGGAUGAACAGUUUUGCAAUGUAGGUUUAACAAAAAGGAGGAGUCUGAUAUCUAAAUCUAUUAUUUUAUACGUUGAAGAACACAAGGCUGAACACAAACGAGAUCUACUGAGAAGAUGGCAAUGACGGUGUUCGUCGUGGCUCUGCUUUCUGUUUUCACGGCGUCUGUUGUCUCUGGAUUUAAGCCGUUUGACUGUUCUGAAAUCUACAAAUCAGGACAAACAGGCAGUGGGAUUUACUCCAUCUAUCCAGCCGGCGACACUCCUGUCUGGGUUUACUGUGAGAUGGUCUCUAGAAUGAUGGAUGGAUUCAAUGGAGGAUGGACGGUGUUUCAGAGACGAAUGGACGGCAGCAUUAACUUCUAUCAGCCUUGGGAAGAGUAUAAGAAAGGAUUCGGGACCACCGAGGGCGAAUACUGGCUGGGGCUGGAGAACCUCUACCAGCUGACACGCCAAAAGAAGUUCAUGCUGAAAGUGGAUCUGGAGGACUUUACUGGAAGGAGAGGUUUCGCUCAGUACUCGUCCUUCUCUGUGGGUUCUGAAGCUGAAGGAUAUAAACUGCAGGUCUCUGCUUUCACUGAUGGAGGAGCAGGUGACUCUCUGGCCUACCACAAUCAAAUGAAGUUCAGCACCUUUGACAAGGACCAAGACAACAGUGUAAAGAACUGCGCCAAACUUAAUCUCGGGGCCUUUUGGUACAGGGACUGUCACCAUACAAACCCCAAUGGUGUUUACUUGUGGGGAGAAGAUGCCACCAUUUUUGGCAUUGGAAAUGUUUGGUAUGCCUGGACAAACAAAUAUGCCACUGGAUUGAAAUCCAUCACCAUGAAGAUCAAACCUGUGUCUUAAAUGUUUGAAG